CCCCCCCGCCCCGCCGGCCGCCCCGAGCGCGCCACGGGCUCCCCGGGCCAUGCACUGCCAGGCCGAGAUGCGGCAGCUGAAAGCAGCCAGGCGGCGCUACAAGACUUUCAUGAUCGACGAGAUCCUGUCCCGGGAGACGUGCGAUUACUUCGAGAAGCUCUCCCUCUACUCCGUCUGCCCCUCGCUCGUCGUCCGACCCAAGCCCCUCCACUCCUGCACCGGUUCCCCUUCUCUGAGGGCCUAUCCUCUCAUCUCCGUCAUCACCAGGCAACCCUCCGGAGUCUCCCACUUCAUCCCCGCAGCAGGCGCUUCUCGAGUCCUGUCCCCCCACCCGCCUUCAGGAAGCAACUGCUCAGAGACACAGGCCAGUGAAACUCAUGGCAGCAGCGAAUCGGAGACGGAGCAGCCCACCCCGCGCUUGAAAAAGCCUCGUCGCAGCCGGACCAUCUUUACGGAACUGCAGCUCAUGGGGCUGGAGAAGAAAUUUCAGAAACAGAAAUAUCUAUCCACUCCAGACAGGUUGGAUCUUGCCCAAUCAUUGGGCUUAACUCAGCUCCAAGUGAAGACUUGGUAUCAGAAUCGCAGGAUGAAAUGGAAGAAAAUGGUUCUGAAAGGUGGCCAAGAAGCUCCCACAAAGCCCAAAGGCCGCCCCAAGAAAAACUCUAUCCCCACCUCAGAAGAGAUUGAAGCCGAGGAGAAGAUGAACAGCCAAGCUCAGACGCAGGACUCGGAGGAAGGCCAGGCUGCAGAAGAGCCUGACUCGACCAAGGAGCAAUUGGACAACCUCUCAGAGACACAGGAGGCUCCUGAACACACACCAGAAACCUCCCCGGAGGAGACAACAUCGAGUUAAAAGAGAGAGAGAGAGAGAGAGAAGGCUAGCUGGUGGGGGGGAAAGAGAGAACAAUGUACAAACCGGAAGCGUGUAUACUUUGUGCCUUACGAAAUCAACCAAAUGCAGUGGGUCACCGAGGAGGAAAGUGACCCAAUGUAAACAGUGACAAUUUCCCCCUUUCCCCAUGUUGUGUGUAUGCAACAGAUAUCACGGGGCAGGGGGUCUUGAGUGCUUCUCCACAUGUGACUGCAUGCUUAGAAACCUGAGACUCUGGAGGCACCAGAGAAGCUGAAACCUCCCUUAGCACUGUCUGAAGAGGUUCUUUUGUGACAGCACUAUGCCAGAGAGUUCAUUGUCUUGCCAUUAUUAUCUUGACUUUCAAAAUGGGUACAGGACAGCAACUGCCGAGAAGUGAGGGCUUUCUGUUUUCUGACAAGAGUUUUCUUCUGUAACCAGCACUUAAUUGGGGGAGGGCCAAAGUAAAGCAUUGUAUAGAGGGUGUCUAAAACGUGCCAAGUUGGUGUUCUAAAAAAAGCUAUUGGGGGGGAGAUAGUGGUGCCAAUUUUGGGUUGGGAAGU